CCUCAGACUCACAUUUGGAUCCGAUUGGUCGCUGGUGCCCACCGGCUGUGUGUGUCUCUGAUCGGAGCACAUUCUCUAUAAGAUCAGUUUUGCUUUCCUCCGCAGUGUUAUCAGAAAGAAGCGCAGUGUGUGCGCCUGCAGCGGUCCCGGUUUCUGCGCAUGAGAGGCGGGGAAGUGGAGCUCGGUUCAAGAUGCAGACCUCCAAGAGAUUUCUGCUGGAUGAUUUUGUCGCAGGAUGGAUCGGUGGAGCUUCCAGUGUGGUCGUGGGCCAUCCGCUGGACACAGUGAAGACGCGGCUCCAGGCGGGGAAAGGCUACAAGAGCACUCUUCACUGCGUCCUCACCAUCUACAGGAAGGAAACGGUCAUGGGCUUCUUUAAGGGCAUGUCUUUCCCGCUGGCCAGCAUCACCGUCUACAACUCAGUGGUGUUUGGCUUCUUCAGCAACACACAGAGACUUAUAAGCAAGUAUCGCUAUGGCGACGGGCGGCAUCCCUGCGGCAUGCUGGACCUGACUGUGGCCAGCAUGCUGACUGGACUGAUGUCAGUGGGCCUGGGAGCCCCGGUGGAUCUGGUCAAGAUCAGACUGCAAAUGCAGACGCAGACGGUUCUCGCAGAGAACUUACACCUUGCCGGCAACGUAUCGAAUGGCACCAACAUCCCUCUGCGCUCCGUCAGCAUCCCCAGCCAGAGACUGUACCGAGGCCCCCUCCACUGCAUCAGCAGCAUCCUGCAGACCGAGGGCCUGCAGGGCCUGUACAGGGGGGCCGGGGCCAUGAUCCUCAGGGACGUUCCUGGAUACACCCUCUACUUCAUCCCUUACACCAUCUUCUGCAACCUGCUGAAACCAGACGCCACAUCAAGCCCUCAUCCUUGUUCCAUCUGGCUGGCUGGAGGACUAGCAGGGUCCAUUUCCUGGGUCACGGCCACACCAGCUGAUGUGGUGAAGAGUCGAAUGCAGGCCGAUGCCCAGCUGCAGAGGAAGUACAAGGGAAUCUUACACUGCAUCAUCCACAGCUACAAAACAGAGGGAGCGCAGGUUUUCUUCCGCGGAGCGUCAGUCAACGCCAUUCGAGGCUUUCCGAUGAGCGCCACCAUGUUCCUGACCUACGAACUCUCCCUGCAGUUCUUCAGGAGUCUCUAGGACAAAAGAGGCAUUUGGGGGGUAAAAGGAAUCACACACAGUAUUUUUGGCAAAUGAACCCCAGCUCCUUUAAAUGAGACAUUGGUGGCAGUUUGUAGUAGCACUAGACACAGCAGAGCCUUCGAAUACUCGGCUGUGACGUGAUUGCUGAUGCUCCAGCCACUCAUUGGUUGAUCAGUGAUCUUUUAAACUAGCACUUUUAGUUUUGGGAGGUUGUCCCUUUAAAUAAUAAGAAUUAGGACACCAAAGUCAUCCACGUGUUCCUGGGCAGAGCCUUGGCUUCAGUGCCCUUAGCGCACUAAUCUCGUGUGUUAAUGCUAAAACUAAGCUAAAUCCCAGACUGCUGGACGUCCUUUAUAGCACGUUUUAUGCUAACAUGUUAGCUUUCGCUGCUGCUAACUAGCUUUAAAUCAGACGCAAGGAAACUGAAUAUUUAAUGUCAUUGUCAGUGAGUUUGCUGUCAGAAGACAAUAUUGCUUUGUAGCAAAAUUAAAGCUUUUCAUGUUUGUAAGCUAAAUAUUGCUAAAUAUCCUAAAAAUAAUUCUUUCUAACAUAGCAAAUACUGAAAUUAUUAACAUAACAAAUGGGCCAAAUGGAUGACUCUGGUGUCAAUGCUGUGUAUUCCUAAAGCACAUUGACCAAAGAACUGUGUGUGUUCCUCUUACGGUAGUUUUUGGGGGAUGACAUCGUUUCAGUUUGGAAACGAAACUCUGCUCGACGCACACAUGCAGCUUUUUCGUGGAGCUUCCUCUGACCCUGAGACAAAGAAGUGCACAAUAACACUGUGUUGUUACACAGCAUCAGACUGUUGGCACUCAUUUGGUGAUUUUGAGGUUUCUAGACGUUGAGGUUUAGACCAGAAGGAAUUUGGUUUAAAAAGUGAGUUUUUAGACUAUAUAUAAGUCAUAAUUUGAACAUGUGAUACAGACAUUUAAAUGCUUCAGUACAACUUUAUUUAUCCCUGUAGGUGUCAUUGCUGUCCAUAUGUAACCUACACAUCUAAAAAAAAAAAACAUUUAUUAGUUUUAAACUGAUGUCUUGUGACCUGCAAAUCACCAAAUCAAUACUUUUGUCAACGUGUGGACACAUUUAUCAGUAAGAAGGGAGCUGUGCACUUUCAUCUGAGGACAAUGAAGAAAUACGAAGAGCUGAAUUUUUAAAGGAUGUUUGUUUGCACAUGGUUGGAAAAUAUGGAACUUAAAUGAUUUUACACGUAAUUAGUGCAGUGACACAUUUCAAAGUUUUAGAACAUUUUUUAGAUUCAAAUUGCUGUUUGCAGUGAGUGAACUGCUCUCAAGCAUUAUGAGGUGUUGAAAAUGACUAAUCCAUUCAUUCACAACAUGAACUGUUGCCUUCCGUUGCACAUCGUGGACAAUAUGUGCAUCCUGUGUUACCGUCUACUCGUACAUAUUAUCUUUGUGUGUUUCUUAUAUUAAGAAAAGUGACUUUUACAAGUUAAUUGUAACUUCACAUUAACCUUCUUCUUCCCAUAAUGCAGUUAAAAUGCAUGAAUUGAAUAUGAGCCAUUGCAGCGCAGUUACACAGUUGCUUUAUACAUUAAGUCUGCAGCAUUAUUGUACAAUCACUAACAUCUCAACAGUUAUAUUUACAGCUAAUGACGCACAAGUUUUUCUAAUAUGAGAUAUCUACCUAAGAACUACCUGAUAAGGAUCACUUUCAUGUAUAAAGAACAGUUUGUAUUAACAUUUAAACGGAGUCAUGUUAGGACUUUCCUGAACCAGAAGGUCGGGGGUUUUAAGACGGAAUCAUUAUCGACGUAAACCAGCAGUCACAAAGUGGAUAUUUCUCAUCUUAGAGCAAAUACCUUUAAAGAAAUGCCUUUACCUGCCUAAUAGUUAUAUUUUAAAUAGCUUUCUUCUCAUGUAAAUAGUUAAAUAUGUAAAUAUGUUAACUGCCAUUCCAGGUGGAGAGCCAGAAGUGUCUUAUUGUAAAUAAAUAAAGCUUUUAAACACA